GUCGGCAUUCAAGUGAUGGUCCAGCUGUCUCCUAUGAUGCAGGUCUUCAUCUCAGCUCACCCUUCAGUCAAAGGAACCACCUCUGGUCUGUGUGGUAACUUCAAUAACAUAAUGAGCGAUGACUUCAAGGCGAUGAGUGGGCUGGUGGAGGGUACCGCUGGAGUGUUUGCCAACUCAUGGAAAACCAGAGCCAACUGCCCCGACAUCCAAACACAAUUCGGACACCCCUGUAGUCAGGGCAUCAGCAGGGAGAGUUAUGCAAAUUACUGGUGCUCCAAACUAACAGAUCCCAAGGGAGCGUUUGCUCCGUGCCACUCUGUCAUUAGCCCCUCCGCAUACAGAGACAGCUGCAUGUAUGACAGCUGUAACUGUGAUAAAAGUGAGGACUGCAUGUGUGCCGCCGUCUCCUCGUAUGUCUACGCCUGUUCAGAGGCAGGAAUCCAGAUCAGUGGCUGGAGGGGGACUAUCUGUGGCAAAUUCCUUGAGUCGUGUCCAGAAGGUACAGUGUAUGACUACGACAUGACCAGCUGCAAUCGUACCUGCCGUUCCCUUAGCCAGGUUGACUACUCUUGCCAGACCACUUUCCCCAAAGUGGAUGGCUGUGGCUGUGCCCAGGGAACCUACAUGAAUGAGGCGGGGAAAUGUGUGCCCAGUGAGAGCUGUCCCUGUUAUGAUAAAGACACCAUUAUUCCUGCUGGGCAGGCUAUCAGCAAAGAUGGUGCCACAUGUAUUUGCAGACAAGGGGCUCUCAGCUGCUCAGGAGGGACUAAACCAUCCUCACCAUCAUGCAUGGCCCCAAUGGUUUACUUCGACUGCUCCACGGCUCAACCCGGGACCACUGGGACUGAAUGUCAGAAGAGCUGCAGCACUCUGGACAUGACUUGUAUAAGCACAGGCUGUACAUCAGGGUGCAUGUGCCCUGCUGGCUUGGUCUCAAAUGGAGCAGGAGGCUGUAUCAAUGAGACAAGCUGUCCAUGUCUGCACAAUGGAAAGGUCUACCAGCCUGGACAGACACUGACGGUGGAAUGCAACACCUGCUACUGCAGAGACAGGAAGUUCACAUGUACCACCAAUGUUUGUGAUGCAGUUUGUGGGAUCUAUGGCGAUGGUCACUACAUCACAUUUGAUGAUAAGAGAUUUGAUUUCAAUGGACUGUGUGAAUACACACUCCUACAGGACUACUGUGGCAAUAAACAAGGUAAUAACAGCUUCAGAAUUAUCACUGAGAAUGUUCCAUGUGGAACCACAGGAACCACCUGCUCCAAGACCAUCAAGAUCUACCUGGGGGAUAAUGAAUUUCACCUGAGAGAUGAGAAAUUCGGAGUGGUCAAGGGCAGCAUGAAGGUGUUGCCUUCUCAGAUACACAAGAUGGGUAUUUACCUGGUCGUGGUGAUCAAACCAGGACUUGUGCUCAUGUGGGACCAGAAAACCAGUCUUUUCAUUAAACUCAGCCCACAGUACCAGGGUCAAGUCUGUGGUCUGUGCGGAAACUAUGAUGGCAACAGUAAAAAUGACUUCACCACACGCUCCCAGGAGACAGUGGCAGAUGUUCUCGAAUUUGGUAACAGUUGGAGGGUUUCAUCCACAUGCCCAAAUGCCCAACUGAUCGCUGAUCCCUGUGCCUCCAACCGCUACCGUGCAGCCUGGUCCCAGAAACAGUGUAGCAUCAUCACCAGUGCCACUUUCCAGAGCUGUCAUUCACAGGUUGAUCCUGGUCCAUACUUUGAUUCUUGUGUGAGAGACUCUUGUGCUUGUAACACUGGUGGGGACUGUGAGUGUCUCUGCAAUGCUGUGGCUGCCUAUGCCAAAGCUUGCAAUGAAGCUGGGACCUGCGUUAAAUGGAGAACUCCAAAGCUAUGUCCUAUUUUUUGUGACUACUAUAACUCCCCUGGUGGCUGUGAGUGGCACUACAAGCCCUGUGGAGCUAACUGCAUGAAGACAUGUAGGAAUCCAUCAGGAAACUGUUCCAACCUCAUCACUGCUUUGGAGGGCUGCUAUCCACAGUGUCCCUCAGACCAGCCCUACUUUAAUGAAGACACCAUGAAGUGUGUCCCCAGGAACCAAUGUGGCUGCUAUGAUGACAAAGGUACCCAAUACAGCAUCGGAGAUAAGGUUCCAUCAAACAACUGUUAUGACUGCUCCUGUACAGUCAGUGGAGUAAGUUGCAGCUACAAUGUGACGUCUUGCAAUUGUUACAUCAAUGAAAAGACCUUCAAAUAUGGGGAAACCAUUUACAACACAACGGAUGGUCUAGGAAACUGCAUGACAGCUGAAUGUGGAGCCAAUGGGACAGUAAUCAGGACGGUGACUCCCUGCUUGACUAUCACCACACCUGCCCCGACAACAACCCCAUUUACAUUCAGCACUGUGCCAUCGACAACAACUAAGGGAACCACAGCCAAACCUGUAGAAACAACUGCUUCAGCAGCAACAACUCUAACAGUUGAAACAACAAAACCACCUAAAGAGGUCACCACAGGCCCUGUUACAACCUCUACCACCGCUGUUGUUCAAAAUACAACAUCAGCACCAGAAGCCACAACAGCAAGCCCAGAAACAACUGCUGUAACAUCUAAACCAUCUGUUGUGACCACAACUACUCAGGUGCCAUCGACAACAACUAAGGGAACCACAGCCAAACCUGUAGGAACAACUGCUUCAGCAGCAACAACUCUAACAGUUGAAACAACAAAACCACCUAAAGAGGUCACCACAGGCCCUGUUACAGCCUCUACCACCGCUGUUGUUCAAACUACAACCUCAGCACCAGAGGCCACAACAGCAAGCCCAGAAACAACUGCUGUAACAUCUAAACCAUCUGUUGUGACCACAACUACUCAGGUGCCAUCAACAACAACUAAGGGAACCACAGCCAAACCUGUAGAAACAACUGCUUCAGCGGCAACAACUCUAACAGUUGAAACAACAAAACCACCUAAAGAGGUCACCACAGGCCCUGUUACAACCUCUACCACCGCUGUUGUUCAAACUACAACCUCAGCACCAGAGGCCACAACAGCAAGCCCAGAAACAACUGUUGUAACAUCUAAACCAUCUGUUGUGACCACAACUACUCAGGUGCCAUCGACAACAACUAAGGGAACCACAGCCAAACCUAUAGAAACAACUGCUUCAGCGGCAACAACUCUAACAGUUGAAACAACAAAACCACCUCAAGAGGUCACCACAGGCCCUGUUACAACCUCUACCACUGCUGUUGUUCAAACUACAACCUCAGCACCAGAGGCCACAACAGCAAGCCCAGAAACAACUGCUGUAACAUCUAAACCAUCUGUUGUGACCACAACUACUCAGGUGCCAUCGACAACAACUAAGGGAACCACAGCCAAACCUGUAGAAACAACUGCUUCAGCAGCAACUACUCUAACAGUUGAAACAACAAAACCACCUAAAGAGGUCACCACAGGCCCUGUUACAGCCUCUACCACCGCUGUUGUUCAAACUACAACCUCAGCACCAGAGGCCACAACAGCAAGCCCAGAAACAACUGCUGUAACAUCUAAACCAUCUGUUGUGACCACAACUACUCAGGUGCCAUCGACAACAACUAAGGGAACCACAGCCAAACCUGUAGAAACAACUGCUUCAGCAGCAACAACUCUAACAGUUGAAACAACAAAACCACCUAAAGAGGUCACCACAGGCCCUGUUACAACCUCUACCACUGCUGUUGUUCAAACUACAACCUCAGCACCAGAGGCCACAACAGCAAGCCCAGAAACAACUGCUGUAACAUCUAAACCAUCUGUUGUGACCACAACUACUCAGGUGCCAUCGACAACAACUAAGGGAACCACAGCCAAACCUGUAGAAACAACUGCUUCAGCAGCAACUACUCUAACAGUUGAAACAACAAAACCACCUAAAGAGGUCACCACAGGCCCUGUUACAGCCUCUACCACCGCUGUUGUUCAAACUACAACCUCAGCACCAGAGGCCACAACAGCAAGCCCAGAAACAACUGCUGUAACAUCUAAACCAUCUGUUGUGACCACAACUACUCAGGUGCCAUCGACAACAACUAAGGGAACCACAGCCAAACCUGUAGAAACAACUGCUUCAGCAGCAACAACUCUAACAGUUGAAACAACAAAACCACCUAAAGAGGUCACCACAGGCCCUGUUACAGCCUCUACCACCGCUGUUGUUCAAACUACAACCUCAGCACCAGAGGCCACAACAGCAAGCCCAGAAACAACUGCUGUAACAUCUAAACCAUCUGUUGUGACCACAACUACUCAGGUGCCAUCGACAACAACUAAGGGAACCACAGCCAAACCUGUAGAAACAACUGCUUCAGCAGCAACAACUCUAACAGUUGAAACAACAAAACCACCUAAAGAGGUCACCACAGGCCCUGUUACAGCCUCUACCACCGCUGUUGUUCAAACUACAACCUCAGCACCAGCUACAACCGCUGUUGUUCAAACUACAACCUCAGCACCAGAGGCCACAACAGCAAGCCCAGAAACAACUGUUGUACCAUCUAAACCAUCUGUUGUGACCACAACUACUCAGGUGCCAUCGACAACAACUAAGGGAACCACAGCCAAACCUGUAGAAACAACUGCUUCAGCAGCAACAACUCUAACAGUUGAAACAACAAAACCACCUAAAGAGGUCACCACAGGCCCUGUUACAACCUCUACCACCGCUGUUGUUCAAACUACAACCUCAGCACCAGCUACCACUGCUGUUGUACAAACUACAACCUCAGCACCAGAGGCCACAACAGCAAGCCCAGAAACAACUGCUGUAACAUCUAAACCAUCUGUUGUGACCACAACUACUCAGGUGCCAUCGACAACAACUAAGGGAACCACAGCCAAACCUGUAGAAACAACUGCUUCAGCAGCAACAACUCUAACAGUUGAAACAACAAAACCACCUAAAGAGGUCACCACAGGCCCUGUUACAGCCUCUACAACCGCUGUUGUUCAAACUACAACCUCAGCACCAGAGGCCACAACAGCAAGCCCAGAAACAACUGCUGUAACAUCUAAACCAUCUGUUGUGACCACAACUACUCAGGUGCCAUCGACAACAACUAAGGGAACCACAGCCAAACCUGUAGAAACAACUGCUUCAGCAGCAACAACUCUAACAGUUGAAACAACAAAACCACCUAAAGAGGUCACCACAGGCCCUGUUACAACCUCUACAACCGCUGUUGUUCAAACUACAACCUCAGCACCAGAGGCCACAACAGCAAGCCCAGAAACAACUGUUGUACCAUCUAAACCAUCUGUUGUGACCACAACUACUCAGGUGCCAUCGACAACAACUAAGGGAACCACAGCCAAACCUGUAGAAACAACAGCUUCAGCAGCAACAACUCUAACAGUUGAAACAACAAAACCACCUAAAGAGGUCACCACAGGCCCUGUUACAACCUCUACCACCGCUGUUGUUCAAACUACAACCUCAGCACCAGAGGCCACAACAGCAAGCCCAGAAACAACUGCUGUAACAUCUAAACCAUCUGUUGUGACCACAACUACUCAGGUGCCAUCGACAACAACUAAGGGAACCACAGCCAAACCUGUAGAAACAACUGCUUCAGCAGCAACAACUCUAACAGUUGAAACAACAAAACCACCUAAAGAGGUCACCACAGGCCCUGUUACAGCCUCUACCACCGCUGUUGUUCAAACUACAACCUCAGCACCAGAGGCCACAACAGCAAGCCCAGAAACAACUGCUGUAACAUCUAAACCAUCUGUUGUGACCACAACUACUCAGGUGCCAUCGACAACAACUAAGGGAACCACAGCAAAACCUGUAGAAACAACUGCUUCAGCAGCAACAACUCUAACAGUUGAAACAACAAAACCACCUAAAGAGGUCACCACAGGCCCUGUUACAACCUCUACCACCGCUGUUGUUCAAACUACAACCUCAGCACCAGAGGCCACAACAGCAAGCCCAGAAACAACUGCUGUAACAUCUAAACCAUCUGUUGUGACCACAACUACUCAGGUGCCAUCGACAACAACUAAGGGAACCACAGCCAAACCUGUAGAAACAACUGCUUCAGCAGCAACAACUCUAACAGUUGAAACAACGAAACCACCUAAAGAGGUCACCACAGGCCCUGUUACAGCCUCUACCACCGCUGUUGUACAAACUACAACCUCAGCACCAGAGGCCACAACAGCAAGCCCAGAAACAACUGCUGUAACAUCUAAACCAUCUGUUGUGACCACAACUACUCAGGUGCCAUCGACAACAACUAAGGGAACCACAGCCAAACCUGUAGAAACAACUGCUUCAGCAGCAACAACUCUAACAGUUGAAACAACAAAACCACCUAAAGAGGUCACCACAGGCCCUGUUACAACCUCUACCACCGCUGUUGUUCAAACUACAACCUCAGCACCAGAGGCCACAACAGCAAGCCCAGAAACAACUGCUGUAACAUCUAAACCAUCUGUUGUGACCACAACUACUCAGGUGCCAUCGACAACAACUAAGGGAACCACAGCCAAACCUGUAGAAACAACUGCUUCAGCAGCAACAACUCUAACAGUUGAAACAACAAAACCACCUAAAGAGGUCACCACAGGCCCUGUUACAACCUCUACCACCGCUGUUGUUCAAACUACAACCUCAGCACCAGAGGCCACAACAGCAAGCCCAGAAACAACUGCUGUAACAUCUAAACCAUCUGUUGUGACCACAACUACUCAGGUGCCAUCGACAACAACUAAGGGAACCACAGCCAAACCUGUAGAAACAACUGCUUCAGCAGCAACAACUCUAACAGUUGAAACAACAAAACCACCUAAAGAGGUCACCACAGGCCCUGUUACAGCCUCUACCACCGCUGUUGUUCAAACUACAACCUCAGCACCAGAGGCCACAACAGCAAGCCCAGAAACAACUGCUGUAACAUCUAAACCAUCUGUUGUGACCACAACUACUCAGGUGCCAUCGACAACAACUAAGGGAACCACAGCCAAACCUGUAGAAACAACUGCUUCAGCAGCAACAACUCUAACAGUUGAAACAACAAAACCACCUAAAGAGGUCACCACAGGCCCUGUUACAGCCUCUACAACCGCUGUUGUUCAAACUACAACCUCAGCACCAGAGGCCACAACAGCAAGCCCAGAAACAACUGUUGUAACAUCUAAACCAUCUGUUGUGACCACAACUACUCAGGUGCCAUCGACAACAACUAAGGGAACCACAGCCAAACCUGUAGAAACAACUGCUUCAGCAGCAACAACUCUAACAGUUGAAACAACAAAACCACCUAAAGAGGUCACCACAGGCCCUGUUACAACCUCUACCACCGCUGUUGUUCAAACUACAACCUCAGCACCAGAGGCCACAACAGCAAGCCCAGAAACAACUGCUGUAACAUCUAAACCAUCUGUUGUGACCACAACUACUCAGGUGCCAUCGACAACAACUAAGGGAACCACAGCCAAACCUGUAGAAACAACUGCUUCAGCAGCAACAACUCUAACAGUUGAAACAACGAAACCACCUAAAGAGGUCACCACAGGCCCUGUUACAGCCUCUACCACUGCUGUUGUACAAACUACAACCUCAGCACCAGAGGCCACAACAGCAAGCCCAGAAACAACUGCUGUAACAUCUAAACCAUCUGUUGUGACCACAACUACUCAGGUGCCAUCGACAACAACUAAGGGAACCACAGCCAAACCUGUAGAAACAACUGCUUCAGCAGCAACAACUCUAACAGUUGAAACAACAAAACCACCUAAAGAGGUCACCACAGGCCCUGUUACAGCCUCUACAACCGCUGUUGUUCAAACUACAACCUCAGCACCAGAGGCCACAACAGCAAGCCCAGAAACAACUGUUGUAACAUCUAAACCAUCUGUUGUGACCACAACUACUCAGGUGCCAUCGACAACAACUAAGGGAACCACAGCCAAACCUGUAGAAACAACUGCUUCAGCAGCAACAACUCUAACAGUUGAAACAACAAAACCACCUAAAGAGGUCACCACAGGCCCUGUUACAACCUCUACCACCGCUGUUGUUCAAACUACAACCUCAGCACCAGAGGCCACAACAGCAAGCCCAGAAACAACUGUUGUAACAUCUAAACCAUCUGUUGUGACCACAACUACUCAGGUGCCAUCGACAACAACUAAGGGAACCACAGCCAAACCUGUAGAAACAACUGCUUCAGCAGCAACAACUCUAACAGUUGAAACAACAAAACCACCUAAAGAGGUCACCACAGGCCCUGUUACAACCUCUACCACCGCUGUUGUUCAAACUACAACCUCAGCACCAGAGGCCACAACAGCAAGCCCAGAAACAACUGCUGUAACAUCUAAACCAUCUGUUGUGACCACAACUACUCAGGUGCCAUCGACAACAACUAAGGGAACCACAGCCAAACCUGUAGAAACAACUGCUUCAGCAGCAACAACUCUAACAGUUGAAACAACGAAACCACCUAAAGAGGUCACCACAGGCCCUGUUACAGCCUCUACCACCGCUGUUGUACAAACUACAACCUCAGCACCAGAGGCCACAACAGCAAGCCCAGAAACAACUGCUGUAACAUCUAAACCAUCUGUUGUGACCACAACUACUCAGGUGCCAUCGACAACAACUAAGGGAACCACAGCCAAACCUGUAGAAACAACUGCUUCAGCAGCAACAACUCUAACAGUUGAAACAACAAAACCACCUAAAGAGGUCACCACAGGCCCUGUUACAACCUCUACCACCGCUGUUGUUCAAACUACAACCUCAGCACCAGAGGCCACAACAGCAAGCCCAGAAACAACUGCUGUAACAUCUAAACCAUCUGUUGUGACCACAACUACUCAGGUGCCAUCGACAACAACUAAGGGAACCACAGCCAAACCUGUAGAAACAACUGCUUCAGCAGCAACAACUCUAACAGUUGAAACAACAAAACCACCUAAAGAGGUCACCACAGGCCCUGUUACAACCUCUACCACCGCUCCAUCGACAACAACUAAGGGAACCACAGCCAAACCUGUAGAAACAACUGCUUCAGCAGCAACAACUCUAACAGUUGAAACAACGAAACCACCUAAAGAGGUCACCACAGGCCCUGUUACAGCCUCUACCACUGCUGUUGUACAAACUACAACCUCAGCACCAGAGGCCACAACAGCAAGCCCAGAAACAACUGCUGUAACAUCUAAACCAACACUUUCAGGCACCACAAGUGCCCACACCACUGGUGCAACCCCUCCUGGACCAAGCACAACCACCGUUGUUUCUACAUCAUUUUUCACCACAAAUACUACAUCAUGUGUCUGCUCUGCCAAUGGAACUUCAUUUCUUCCUGGGGAAAUGGUGUACAAUGUCAGUGAUGGCCAUGGCUGGUGUUAUUCUGGAUAUUGCAAUGCAUCUUGUAAAGUAGAUGCACGUCCAUAUCCAUGUCCCACAACACCAACACCAAGAACAACCAGUGCCACACUUUCAAACUCAGUUCCUCUCAUCACGACUGUUCCCACAUCUGCUCCCACUCCAUCAAUAACUCCAUCUACAACUACCUUGGACUGCAAUAAUGUCGACCCACCAAGAAAGAAUGGAGAGUCCUGGAAGGUGAGCAAUUGCACAAUGGCCACAUGUACCAAUGGCAAGAUCGUGCAGACACCUAAGCCAUGUCCCACAGUUUCCCAACCCAUCUGUGCCAAUGGAAACAAUGCUGUCAAGAUCUAUGAUAAUGAUGGAUGCUGCUUCCGAUAUGAAUGUGAAUGUACUUGCAGUCUCGUGGGUAGAACCCACUACAUAACAUUUGAUGGAAAAUCCUACACUUUCAACAAGAACUGCUCUUACUACCUGGUCAAAGAGAUAAUUACUAAAUAUAACCUGACUAUUAUGGUUAACAGUGACUGUAGUUCUUCAGAGACAGCAGUCUGUCCCCAGGUUUUCACUGUUAUAUACCAGUCCUACACAGUUGCUUUCUCACAGUUGAAGACUUCAGAGGGAUAUGUCAAUAUGGUGCAUGUCAAUCAAAAACGAAUCUAUCCGGCCUACAGCAACUCUGUCCUGCGCCUCACUGGCACAGAUAUUGUGACCACACUGGUGAUACCAGAGAUUAACACAACAGUGGUCUACAGUAGUGGUUCAAUUAGCAUUGAUCUUCCAUACUCCCUCUUCAAUGGGAACACUGAGGGACAAUGUGGAACCUGUGACAACUCCCAGACCAACGACUGCCGUUCUCCCAAUGGCCAGGUGGAAAGCUGCUCAGACUCUGCAGGCCAGUGGCUUGUCCCAGGUACCACCUGUGUCACCACCACCAAACCCCCAUCAACCACAACAACAGCCACCACCACAAGAUCACCAACAACACAGCCCCCUUGCAAACCUGCCAUCUGUGACCUCUUAACCUCCAGUGUAUUUCAGCCGUGCCACUCAGUAAUCUCACCAGGGCCAUUUGUGGAUUCCUGUGUGUCUGACAACUGCAAAGGUGGCAAUAACACCUGCUCCAGCCUGGAGGCCUAUGCCAGUCAGUGCUCUAAUAAAGGAAUCUGUAUCGACUGGAGGAAUGCUACAAAUGGACUGUGUGAGCACAAGUGUCCAAGCAACAAAGUGUACAAGGCCUGUGGCCCAUCUGUAGAGCCUACAUGCGACGACAGAUACAACAAGCUGUUCCAGGCAAAUCAAAAGGGAUCGACUAAUGAUACAAAGGAGGGUUGUUUCUGUCGUGAGGGCACCACCUUAUUCAACACAGUCUAUGACACAUGUGUUACCUCUUGUGGUUGUGUUGGACCUGAUGGGAAACCCAAACAGCCUGGUGACAAAUGGACAAGUAACUGCAAGACCUGUAUGUGUGACAAGGACUCCAUGAGCGUCCAGUGUGAGCCUGUUCAGUGCCCAUCCAUAGAAAACCCCACAUGUGGAGAGCCUGGCCAGCAGCUUGUCAACAAGACAGAUGGCUGCUGCUCAACACAGUCUUGUGAAUGCAAUACAAACCUGUGUCCCAUGCCUCCCACCUGCAAUCUGGGUUUCAAACUCAACAUCACUAAUGGCACCUGCUGCCAGUCCUACACAUGUGUUCCAAAAGGUGUAUGUGUCUAUGAAAAUACUGAGUACAUGCCUAAUACCAAGAUACCAACACAAAAAACAUCGGAAUUACCAGUAGAACCACCAUUAACACCAUCAGGAGCAACAUCAGCACCAUCAGGAGCAACAUCAGCUCCAUCAGGAGCAACAUCAGCACCACCAGCAGGGGGGUCUUCAAUACCUGGACCCUGCCAGGAGUGUUACUGUGGCCCCAAAAUGGAUCCCAUCACCAAGCUGAACAUCAUUAUAUGCAAACCUAUUGUCUGCAACAAAAACUGCUCUGAAGGUUAUGAGUACCAGACUGUAACUGGUGAGUGCUGUGGGAAAUGUGUUCAGAAGAGCUGUAUUGUAACCACUGCUGACCACAAAUCCCACAUCAUUGAGGUUAACAAAACUCUCAUAGCCCCUAAUGAUACGUGUGUCACUUACACUUGUGAGAAUAUUAAUGGACAGCUUGUUACCAAGGAGACCAGGAUGACUUGUCCUCCUUUUAACCCCCUGAACUGUGAACCUGGCACAGAGACAACUGAGGCUAAUGGAUGCUGCAAAACCUGCAAGCUGCGGAGUAUGUGUGAGGUCCAGAGUACACAGACAGUCAUCACGGUGAACGGCUGUAGCAGCCAGCCAGUCAACAUGACGUCCUGCGCUGGACACUGUGGAAGCUCAUCAAUAUAUUCUGUGGAGGCUAACAAGAUGAUGCACCAGUGUGAGUGUUGCCAAGAGGCCACCACGAGUCAGAAGCAGGUGGAGCUGACCUGCGCCGAUGGCUCCAAGGUCCAGCAGAGCUACAUGGUGGUGGAGACAUGCCGCUGUAACAAAGCAGAAUGCGUGGCCGGAACAACACCCAAGCCACAGCGCCGCAGGAGACGCUGAUCGGUUACUGCACUCUGGACUGACGCCAUAUAAACACGAAACAUGAGUUAACCUUAGACUUCUUAAAACACUAAGCAAGACUUAACCUUAAAUCUUAUGCUGUAUUAUUUAUAGCUCUCUUUGCAUGUCACAACAUAGUUCUGUGCUGUAACUUUCCUCAACUUCAGAUUUCUUGGAUAAUAAUGAAUAAAAAUUAUAUUUCUGCAAUAUAAACACUCGCAUUGUAUUACAUUGUAUUGACUGGUGACUAUCAAAAUCACAAAGUUAAACUCUCAGAGGACUAAAAACUAAAAUCAUGUUCUACCUGAUACUGUUUUCUUGGCAUUUCGUGUGAGAAUUUUUUAGGGACUAACAUUGAAAAACUGCAAAUGAAAUUCAAGACCUGUCUGAGCUUCCAAAUGCUGUGCAGCAGAGAAGUGAAAACAACAGAAACACGCGACAUGGAGUGAAAUGACUAACAUUUUUAAGAAUCUCAUUUUUGAAUCACAAGUGAAACAUCUCAUCCAUCAGACAACAUCUCUCAAAUCAAACCUUUGGCAGACAGCACAACAACAACAAGAUCUUAUAAGCUACAAAUGUAAAUAAAAAGCUUUAGGAACUACAAAUAAUAAGGCUAAACAUGUAAAGCUCUGUUUGUAGUGUUAGAAGCAAUGGGGAGCACGCUAAGUCAAGUCACUGUCAUCUCGGGCCUCAGCUGGGGAUUGGUAGCUCAUUUAAAGUUUAGGUCUCCUCUUUACCUGAUUCACCGUAUCAAAAACUCUGAAGAAAACAUCCUGCGGAAAAAAAAAAA